AUGCCUUCCACCCCCCGCCCCAUCCACGCCUUCCACCCCCCCGCCCCAUCCCUUCAUCCAUGCCUUCCACCCCCCAUCCCAUCCAUGCCUUCCACCCCCGCCCCAUCCAUGCCUUCCACCCCCCGCCCCAUCCAUGCCUUCCACCCCCGCCCCAUCCAUGCCUUCCACCCCCCCCACAUCCCAUCCAUGCCUUCCACCCCCAACAUCCCAUCCAUGCCUUCCACCCCCGCCCCAUCCAUGCCUUCCACCCCCGCCCCAUCCAUGCCUUCCACCCCCCCAUCCACCUUCCACCCCCCAUCCAUGCCUUCCACCCCCACCCCAUCCAUGCCUUCCACCCCCCCCAUCAUGCCCAUCCAUGCCUUCCACCCCCCACAUCCCAUCCAUGCCUUCCACCCCCGCCCCAUCCAUGCCUUCCACCCUCCGCCCCAUCCAUGCCUUCCACCCCCCGCCCCAUCCAUGCCUUCCACCCUCCACAUCCCAUCCAUGCCUUCCACCCCCCGCCCCAUCCAUGCCUUCCACCCCCCGCCCCAUCCAUGCCUUCCACCCCCACCCCAUCCAUGCCUUCCACCCCCCCGCCCCAUCCAUGCCUUCCUGCCCCAUCCAUGCCUUCCACCCCCCACCCCAUCCAUGCCUUCCACCCCCCGCCCCAUCCAUGCCUUCCACCCCCACCCCAUCCAUGCCUUCCACCCCCGCCCCAUCCAUGCUUUCCACCCCCACACCCAUCCAUGCCUUCCACCCCCACCCCAUCCAUGCCUUCCACCCCCCGCCCCAUCCAUGCCUUCCACAUCCCAUCAAUGCCUUCCACCCCCCCCCCAUCCAUGCCUUCCACCCCCCGCCCCAUCCAUGCCUUCCACCCCCCACAUCCCAUCCAUGCCUUCUUUCACCCCCGCCCCAUCCAUGCCUUCCACCCUCGCCCCCAUCCAUGCCUUCCACCCCCCGCCCCAUCCAUGCCUUCCACCCCCCAUCAUCCCAUCCAUGCCUUCCACCCCCCGCCCCAUCCAUGCCUUCCACCCCCGCCCCAUCCAUGCCUUCCAUCCAUGCCCCACCCCCAUCCAUGCCUUCCACCCCCACAUCCCAUCCAUGCCUUCCACCCCCGCCCCAUCCAUGCCUUCCACCCCCCAUCCAUGCCCCAUCCACGCCCCAUCCAUCCACCCCCGCCCCAUCCAUGCCUUCCACCCCCCGCCCAAUCCAUGCCUUCCUCCCCCGCCCCAUCCAUGCCUUCCACCCCCGCCCCAUCCAUGCCUUCCACCCCCGCCCCAUCCAUGCCUUCCACCCCCGCCCCAUCCUUGCCUUCCACCCCCGCCCCAUCCAUGCCUUCCACCCCCCGCCCCAUCCAUGCCUUCCGCCCCAUCCAUGCCUUCCACCCCCCCGCCCCAUCCAUGCCUUCCACCCCCCCGCCCCAUCCAUGCCUUCCACCCCCGCCCCAUCUAUGCCUUCCACCCCCGCCCCAUCCAUGCCUUCCACCCCCGCCCCAUCCAUGCCUUCCACCCCGCCCCAUCCAUGCCUUCCACCCCCGCCCCAUCCAUGCCUUCCACCCCCCCCCGCCCCAUCCAUGCCUUCCACCCCCGCCCCAUCCAUGCCUUCCACCCCCUGCCCCAUCCAUGCCUUCCACCCCCCACACACCAUCCAGCUCUCGAUAGUAAACAACCAAAAUCCUGUCGAUUUCCUAGAACGACUAUGCGUCGCCCGAUACGAGAUGGAAUGGAAACCCGAAGACAGAUGGGAGGGACAGCAAACAAAUUAAAAUGA